AUGUCUACAACAGCAUCCUCAACUGUUGUGCCUCCAUCUGGCGCUCCCCAGUCCCCAAGAACGGGUCGUCUUCGUGGUCUCUCCUACCUCCGCCACUACGCCCAUGGUCAUAAUCACUCAACGUCGCCCGCUGCUCCCACUGUUACCCCCGCUAAUGCUAGCUCAAAUUCAACUAGCAACCACAAUAAUAAUACGAUGAACAACCAUACUCCCACUUCCCCCUCACUUCCCCCAUCGCAGCCAAUAGCAACGGUUCCACGACAGCGGUCAACCUCGCCUCUCAACAAUACAGCUUCAAACGCGUGGCUACCAACUGUGAGCGGUAUCAGUGGGCUCUCCCGUGUAGCUUCACAGCCCUCAGCAGAGCUCUCAAACACACCGGGUGUCGUUUCCAACGGCUCCCCUGGUGCCCGUGCCUCAACCGAUCCUGAGGCGGUGAGGUCCAUCGAUGAGACAAUCUCUAAUCCUCUUGAUCCCACACUACCGACUGCUCAAGGGCAUCCGAACGCCCCGCUUGUUCGUAGUCCUAGCAAUACUGCUCGAGCUAAUCAGGUAAACGAACCCGCAGCAUCGAUCCGUUUUAUUCCUCAUAUCGACAAUCGGGCAUCCCGUGAAUCUCUAAUUUUCCCUCCCGUCGAACGCACACUGAGGUUCAAAGAUGAACGGAUUAGAGUCGGCCGUUAUAGUGAUAGGGAUUCCUCAAAUCCAUCUGCACCUGUGGGAUUUAAGUCAAAGGUCGUUUCUCGGCGACAUUGCGAGUUCUGGUGCGAUGCGGGUCAGUGGUAUGUCAGGGACGUCAAGAGCUCAAGUGGGACGUUCUUAAACCACAUCAGACUUUCUGCACCGGGAAAUGAAAGUAAAGCUUAUCCGCUAUAUGAUGGGGAUAUUCUACAACUUGGCAUCGACUUCAAGGGCGGGGAAGAGCAAAUAUUUAGAUGUGUGAAAAUUAGGGUAGAACUGAACAGGGCUUGGCAAAAGUCAUUGAAUAAUUUCAAUAUGUCUGCACAUCGACGAAUAAGGAACCUUGCAAAAGGCACCUCCGGUGGAGCAGCCAAGGGAAAGGAUGGAGAUGCAAUGUCAACACACACUUCGGAAUGCUCCAUAUGCCUCAUGCCUGUGGCUCCAUGUCAAUCACUUUUUGUAGCGCCUUGCUCCCAUGUCUGGCACUACAAAUGUAUUCGCCCGCUGGUUGAGAAAGACUACCCCUCAUUCUUAUGCCCCAACUGCCGGGCAAUCGCAGAUUUGGAUCGUGAUAUCGAGGAGGACGAACUAGGCGAAGGAUGGGAAAAUUUCGAUGACGUAGACGAAAAUGUGAUUGAGGAAAGCGGUGCUCCUGUUGCUGCAGAAGAGCAAGCCCUACAGGUAUCAGAAGUCGGAAAAGCCCCGGAGCCGGCGCCCGCUCGCGCCCCUACAAACCUAAUCAUCGAACAAUCUCCAGGGGCUAUUGUUCCUCCAGAGCCGUUGCAGGCUACAACUUCACCGGUAGAGAUUAGGCAGACAUCCUCAUCCAAGGCGUCGGGAUCAUGUAGACGACGUAAAGAAAGCGUCCAUGAUCUAGAAAUUCGGCAGCAAAGUGGAAUGGUGGGAGAUGGAGCGAGCGGAAGUGGAAGUGGAAGUGGAAGUGGAAGCACUAGUAGUAUAGAAGGAGGGCACGAAGGACCCAUGACACCAAUGAACGACGCAGGUCCAUUUGUGUUUGACGGAGGGGCAUUCGCGAACCUUGCUGAGAGUCCGACCCUAGAGCCCCUAGCAGCAGCGGUAACAUUUGUUCCUGAGCAACAACCUAGGCUCAGUGAAGGAGCCGAGAGGUGA